ACAAAUGAAGUAUUAAGAAACAGAUUCUCUCUCUCCUGCCAAUACCCCCACAUUAUCCUCGACAACUUCUCUGGGCAAGUUUUAUUGGCCGUACAGAUCGAACGGUUACAAUUAAACCUUGAGUUCGAAGAACAGUCCGUCACAAUCGAGAGAGAUGUCAGAGAACAGAAGUCUAAGGUGGUCUCUUAAGGGAAUGACUGCCCUUGUCACCGGCGGAACCAGAGGAAUCGGAUAUGCUAUAGUGGAAGAACUUGCGGGGUUUGGAGCCAUAGUACAUACAUGUUCACGUACUGAAACAGAGCUCAACGCCAGGAUUCAAGAAUGGGAGAGUAAGGGGUUUAAAGUAAGUGGCUCAGUAUGUGACCUCAAAAUCAGAGCUCAACGGGAGAAGAUGAUGGAGAGUGUCUCCUCUUUGUUUGAUGGCAAGCUCAGCAUCCUUGUGAAUAAUGCUGGCACAGGUAUUCCAAAGGAAACACUAGAAUACACAGCAGAGGAUUUCUCAACUCUGAUGGUUACCAAUUUCGAGUCUGGUUAUCAUCUGUGUCAACUCGCACACCCGCUUUUAAAAGCAUCUGGAAAUGGAAGCAUUGUGUUCAUCUCCUCUGUGACAGGCGUUGUAGCUAUCCCUCUGUGUUCUAUCUAUGCAUCAACUAAAGGAGCAAUGAAUCAAGUCACAAAGAACUUGGCAUGCGAAUGGGCAAAGGACAACAUUCGAGUGAAUUCAGUUGCACCAUGGAUGAUCAGAACCUCGCUCACUGAUGCUGUAGAAGGUGAUUCCAAAGCGAAGGAAUUUAUAACUCGCUUAGUAUCCCGAACUCCUAUCCCCCGUAUGGGAGAGCCUGAUGAGGUUUCAGCAGUGGUAGCCUUCCUAUGCUUUCCGGCUGCUUCAUAUAUCACUGGGCAGGUUCUGUGCGUUGAUGGAGGAUACACCAUAUCUGGGUUUUAGACCAACUCAAAAAUAAAAAUAUCUUAUCUGUUUCGAGCUAGUUGUCUUACAAAUAAGAGUAUAUGAGUAUUAAUUUGUGUACUACUUAUAAUAUAUCAUUAUAUGAUUAUAUGUUAUUUUAUCUCUAUAUCAAAAUUACUCUAUCAUAUAUUGACACAUUAUCAUUAAUACAUAAAUUAGUAUUUAUUGACGGAUAGUUUUAUCGUUUUCUUAAUAACCUUUGUUAAUAAAGAGAAGAGUUUCCCUGGAGUUGUUGUAUGUCUACGCUUGUAUUGAAUGAAAAUUGAAUACAAAGUGUAACAGUUCUUUC